AUUUCUCUUUUCAAUCUCUUACAAAAAAAGUAAAGCAUCAUUCCACACCUUUAUUCUAUUACUUGAAAAAAACAAGAGAUGCCGUCCAUUUACAUCGGAGCCGUCGAUCAAGGUACAGCUUCUACACGCUUUUUGAUCUUUGACGGCAGCGGGCGGCUCGUCACGUCACACCAAUUGGAAUUUGAACAAAUAUAUCCUCGCCCAGGAUGGGUAGAGCACGAUCCUUAUGAUUUGCUGGAUUCCGUCAUUCGGUGUGCCGAUGAAGCGAUGCGAAAAUUUGGCAUGAUGGGCCACAAGUCGCAUCACAUGAAAGCACUUGGUAUCACGAACCAACGAGAAACGACUAUUGUUUGGGAUCGAAAAACAGGCGAACCACUGUAUAAUGCUAUUGUAUGGAGCGACACAAGAACCAACAAACUGGUGCAACAUUUCCUGCAGAAGCAGAAAGAGAUGAAUAUUAAUGUAUCCGAGAUCUGCGGUUUGCCGAUACACAACUAUUUCUCGGCGGUCAAGCUGCGAUGGAUGAUCGACAAUGUGAAAAGAGUCCGAACCGCCGUGGAGAAGAAGCAGGCCAUGUUCGGCACUGUUGACAGUUGGCUCAUUUGGAAUCUCACCGGAGGCAUUCAAGGAGGUUUACAUGUUACAGAUAUCACCAAUGCCAGUCGUACCAUGUUUAUGAACUUGAAAGAACGUCGAUGGGACAAGAACCUUCUCGAUUUUUUCGGUAUUCCUGAGCAUGUGCUUCCAACCAUUGUAUCAUCCUCCGAAAACUAUGGAAACGUUCAGUGGGGCCCUUUAGAGGAUCUUCCAAUCACAGGAUGCGUUGGCGAUCAACAAGCGGCCCUCAUCGGUCAGCGCUGUUUCAACAAAGGUGAAGCGAAAAUCACUUACGGUACCGGUGCGUUUUUAUUGUUCAAUAUGGGCCCUGAACCCGUGUUUUCGAAAAAUGGAUUGAUCUCUACUGUGGCAUACCAAUUUGGUACUGAUGGACCUAUUGCUUAUGCACUGGAGGGGUCCAUCAGUGUCGCCGGAGGCGCUGUCAAAUGGCUUCGAGAUAACAUUGGUAUCAUUGAAAGAGCCGCCGACAUUGACGUGUUGGCUUCAAAAGUGAAGGACACGGGAGGUGUGAUGUUUGUGCCAGCAUUUUCCGGAUUGUUUGCCCCGUAUUGGCGUGAUGACGCUCGCGGUACCCUGGUGGGCCUCACGCAGUAUACCAAUAAGAACCAUAUCGCUCGAGCGACGCUGGAAGCGGUGUGCCUUUCCACACGAGCGAUACUGGACGCAAUGAAACACGACGGUAAUGUCCCUAUCAAGGUGUUGAAAGCGGACGGUGGUAUGUCCAAUUCAGAUUUAUGUAUGCAAAUACAAGCCAACGUCCUGGGCCUUCCUGUAGUUCGACCUAAUAUGCGCGAUACCACAGCGCUUGGUGCCGCUAUUGCGGCAGGGAUUGGAUUCGGUAUAUGGAAAGAUUUUGAUGAAAUAGGAGAAAUUGCUGGUGAGAAAAUGUUUCAGCCAAAAAUGCAUGACCGAGAAAGGGAAGUUCUAUUUCAUCAGUGGGAUCACGCAGUCCGCAGAAGUUUUGGUUGGACAAACAUCUAUCAUGGUUAGAUCAUAAUAAACGUACGCAUGUCUAAUAAACACUGUAAUUUGUUGACAAGAUUAG